UUACAUUACCAUUUUUUCGGUUACUUUACGCGGAAAUUUUGCUUCGAUUUUGGUCAGUCGUCUACGGUCCGUGACAUGAAAACUCUUGUUAUAACGCUACUUUUGGCCAUUGGGGUCUUAGCUAAGGAGCCGCGAACUUUGAACAGCUUGUUUUCUUACUUAGACGAAGGAAAGGAAACGUUAUCAAAUCUUGGCAACACAAAGAAAUGUUUUGCCCGCUAUCUACCGGAAUUGGAAAGUCAGGGAGCUACUUGGUCGAAAGGAUACAGUGGCUGCCAAAAAAGUGCCACCAAUGAGCGACAGUCAUUGCUAACAGAUGCCUCAGUGGCUCAGGAAAAGAUUAAAGAAGCUGCCUUGAGAAUGAGUUCCUUUAUCGAUCAGUGUUUGACCUUGACGGAGCCCCUGGAUUUUUUCCACUGCUUUUCCAAAAUGUCCAAGCUUCAGCUCACCAAUGUCUACAAUAUUUCGUUCAAUUCCUCCGAACAGGCGCUGAUCCUAAACCAGAAAUUAGGAAGCAUUGAAAUGGAGCACUAUCUGUGCACAAAUCAAACUGAACGUGAUUAUGUCCAAGGAACCGAUAAAGUCUUUCGAUCAUUAGAUCAAUGUCUUCAACUGUAUACCACAAAUUAAUGUAGAUAAUAAUAAUUUUU